UUUCUCACACCAGGUGUCGUCAUCAUUAUUACAUUUCGAAUCGGCGCUGAUGAUGAAUUUAUCAGUGCGCGGCGCGUUGAAUUGUGUAGGCUGGUGUAUUAAAUUCAGGUUAUGACAAUUCAAAGAUUAAAAAGUGUGAUCAAGACAGUAUCAACUUAUCACGUCUCCCGAAAACCUCGCAUAACAUCCGAGUUAACGUAUCCGCUAAGUUUUCCGCGCAGUCUCGCGGAAAUUCAAGUGUUCUAUAACCUCAUUGCCAAACUGUCGAACUCGUUGCUCCGCCGUCUCGUCAAUAAACUGACCUGCGGUUGCGUACCUGUACCGUUACACCACGGAUCACGAAUUGCCAGUGACUGUCGCGUUGACGCGAUUAGUAAGGGCGAGUGGACGCGCACGACAUCGUCACUGACAGACACGUCUCUCAACAUGGUGGAGACGACCACAUCACAAGCCGCCGACGGACAGACGCAGUUCGGUAACGCGCGUUACCUCGAGCCGUCAGACUGCAUUUUCGUCUUUAAGAACACGUUGUCGGAUUACGAAGAGCCGCCGUCCGACGAGGAGGUGAGUACAUUAUUUUAAUCUUAUCGCGAUCGCUUUUUAUAUACAGCGCUUCUACCAGCUAUUUAAUGUGCUAUUUUGAAAUCAUAAGAACGAGAUUUACAUACUCCAAAUAUUUGUAAAAUAUCGUAAUUUUACAUAAAUUUACACUUUAUGUAAAUGAAGUUACUUUUGCUAAAGAAAAAAAAA